AUGCCUGCUUCCACGUCUGUCAAAGCCUUUUUGGCUGGCUUGAAAAGCCAAUUAACUUCUCAAAGUGCUAAAUCUCCAAUUCGCUUUGUUACUGGGAACCAAUCUGCUGAUAUGGAUUCGGUUAUAAGUGCCAUCAGUUAUUCUUACUUUCAAUUUAUAUUCGAUCCUAGUAUUACAUUGGUUCCCUUGAUCAAUAUUCCAAGGGCGGAUUUAAGUUUAAGAAGGGAUAUUGUUUUGUUGCUCAAAUCCCAUAGCAUAACCGAAGACGUCUUAUUUUUCCUUGAAGAUUUGGAAGAGAUGAGUCAAAAUGAUCGAGUUAUUGAAUUGGUUUUGGUUGACCAUUGUAAUAUCCAAGGAGAACUGCUUUCUAAACUUUCGAAUGAAAAGAGGUUGAAAGUUAUCAGCAUUAUAGACCACCACGCUGACGAAGGAGUAUUUUUGGAUAGUCAUCCUAGAAUAAUUCAACUGAAUGGAUCGUGUUCGUCACUUGUAUUCAAUUACUGGUUCGACCAAUUCAAUAAUCGGGAAAUUUUCCAAAAUCAUGAACUAGUUCAGCUUUUGUUGGGUCCCUUAUUGGUAGACACUUCUAAUAUGACUCAAAAAGUUGAAGAAAAUGAUACUUUAUCGUAUAAAAGGUAUAAAGGAUUGUUAAACCUUGCAGAAGACCCCAAUAAGAUGAAUUGUUUAAAUAAGCCUGAUACUAAGAGAGAUUUGGAUGAUUUUUACAAACAAUUGAAAAAGGCUAAAAAGGACUUGGAAGGAUUUAGUUUUUAUGAUAUUUUGAGAAAAGAUUAUAAACAAUUUAGCUUUAUUAAUAAGUCUAGCAGGGUUAAUGUUGGGUUUAGUUCAUUAGGUAAAUCAAUUUUUUGGAUCUCUAAAAAUUUCAAGAUUGAUGUAAUUGAAAAAACCCUUGAAUCUAUAAUUAAUGAUUUAAACUUGGACGUUAUAGUAAUCACUACAUCUUAUACCAAGAAGGAGAACGAUGAAUACACUAGAGAGUUUGUAUAUUAUUAUAAGGAUGCUAAGUUUGGAUCUAUAAGUGAAUUAGCCAAAGAAUUAGAAUUGAACAAUGACAUUUAUCAUCAAGAUAAAUUAAAUGAAAUGAAACUGAUUAAUAAUUUGAAAAUUUUUAAUCAAGCUAAUAUCAAAGCUUCAAGAAAACAAGUGGUACCAGUUGUUAAGAAUAUAUUAGAAACUCAAUUAGCCUAG